AUGUCGCACUCUGAUUUAGCUCACAAGGACGCCAAGUUCAUCGUCUUCUCCGACUUUGACGGCACAAUUACCAGCGAGGAUAGUAAUGAUCACAUGACGGAUAACCUCGGAUUUGGACGCGAGCGUCGACGAGAGCAAAACCUUGCGGUAUUGGAAGGAAAAGCUACAUUCAGAGACAUGUUUAAGGAGAUGAUUGAGAGUGCUAGUGCCAAGCAUUCAUUUGACGAAUGCCGGGAUAUUGUCAAGAAGAAUAUCCAAUUGGAUCCAGGCUUCAAAGAUUUCUUGGAUUGGGCAAGAUCAGCAAAUGUCCCGGUAGUGAUUGUGUCCAGUGGAAUGGUUCCUAUAAUUCGAGCAAUCUUGGAAAACUUGAUCGGAAAGGAAGAGGCUGAUCGGAUUGAAAUCGUGGCUAAUGAAGUGGAUACGACCAAAGGUUCUGGUCCUGGACAAUGGACCAUCAAAUAUCGACACCCUGAAUCUGGAUUCGGGCAUGACAAGGACCGAUGCAUAUCGCCUUAUAGAUCGCUUUCGGAGCGUCCUACGAUUUUCUUUUGUGGCGAUGGAGUCUCAGAUCUCUCUGCAGCACGAUCAGCCGACUGCUUGUUUGUCAAGAUAAAAGAAGGCACGGGCAACGACCUUGCCAAACACUGCGAAUCCGAAGGAAUUAAGCACGUCAAGUUUCACAGCUUCACUGAGGUCAAGCAGGUUGUUCAAAGCGUGGUCCAAGGCAAGAAGGUCGAAGAUGUCCUUAAUUGA